AUGGCAGUCGAGCUAAGCCAAUUUGACAUAGAGUACAAGCAAAGAACCGCCAUCAAGGGGCAAGCGCUAGCUGACUUCAUCUUGGAAUUUCCACCCACUUUUGAAGUUGAAGGGAUGGAAUGCGUACCUGAACCUCAGUCUCCAGUAGCCAUACCCGAGAAUUGUUCCCCUUGGUGGAACUUGUACGUCGAUGGGGCUGUCAAUGGAAAUGGGGCCGGGGCUGGCAUUUUCUUAGUCAGUCCAGAAGGCCAUAAGCUGCAAAGCUCCAUUCACUUUGAUUUUAAAGCCACCAACAAUGACGCGGAGUAUGAAGCCCUAAUAGCGGGGCUGAAGCUAGCCUUGGAGAUGAGGGUGGAAAAUAUGAAUGUUUAUAGUGAUUCUAUGCUGGUAGUCUGGCACAUCCGAGGAGGCUUCCUAGCUAGGGGUCCCCGUACUGAUCUCUACAUGCAGUACGCCCAGGAAUUAAUUUUGAAAUUCAGGGAAACCAAGCUAGAGCAGAUACUGAGGUCCGACAACGCAGAUGCAGAUGCCCUGGCUAAGUUAUGCUCUCAGAGGGAUGCACACAUGCUUGGGGUGAUCCCCCUCGAAAUCCAAUAUCAGCCCAGCAUCCCUAAAAUUGAGGUCUUGGACGUUGAGGUUGAAGAGUCUGACCUUUGGACAACCCCAAUCCAGGAAUACAUAGCCAACGGAACCCUGCCUACAGAUAAGGAUGAGGCCAGAAAAUUGAGAUACAAGGCAGCCCAGUUUGUAAUCUAUGAUGGAAUUCUUUACAAAAGGGGAUUCAACCAGCCCCUCCUUAGGUGUGUUGUUGGGAUAAGAUGUGAAUAUAUUAUGCGCGAGGUGCAUGAAGGAAUUUGUGGGAAUCACUCGGGGGGGGUGCCUCCCUCGCUCACAAAAUCCUCCGUCAAGGCGACUCCUGGCCUACCCUCUACAAGGAUGUUCAUGGCUUUGCCAAGGCCUGUGACAGCUGCCAAAGAUCUGAUUGGUGAAUUACCCAAAGGGAAAGGAGGGGUGAAAUAUGCAGUCGUGGCUGUAGACUACUUUACUAAAUGGGCUGAGGCUGAACCCCUGGCUUCCAUCACUGCAAGGAAGCUGGUAGAUUUCGUUUAUCGUGCAAUCGUCUGUCGAUACGGGAUACCCUACAAGCUCAUAUCAGACAAUGGGAAGCAGUUUGACAGCAAUGAGAUGAUAAAUUUCUGUGAACACCUUGGCAUAAAGAAAGGCUUUUCCGCGGUGUGCCACCCUUAG